AUGCCGAACCCGCUACUCGUGAUCGCCCAGCCGCUCAUCCUUCUCGCGGGGGCCGUCAUCUUCUUCCCGAUUACGGUCGUCAAGCUCGCCCUCGCCCAGGACUGGGGCGCGCUCACCUCGCUGAGGGCGUUCCAGGACGCAUGGUUCGGCAACAUGUGGAAGGUCUUCGCGCCCCGCGUCCGCGAGGCGCACGAGGGCCGCAUCGUGCCCCUCCUCCAGGGCAAGGUGCGCGCCGGCAUCAAGGUGCCCACGGCCAAGCACGCGCCCGUCAGCGGCACCGUCAUCGAGGUCGGCCCAGGCACUGGUAACUGGGUGCCCUGUUUCGCCGAGUCGGCCGCCGGCGGAAAGGUCGACCGUGUCUAUGGCGUCGAGCCCAACCCCGAUCUCCACCCCGGACUGCUCGCUUCGGUCAAGAAGGCUGGCCUCCAGGGCAAGUACGAGGUCGUCCCCGUCGGUAUCGAGGACCUCCGCAAGGCCAGCAUCCCCAAGGGCAGCAUCGACAGCAUCGUCACCCUCCUCUGUCUUUGCUCCAUUCCCGAGCCCGAGCGCAACAUCCGCGAGCUGUACGAGUACCUCCGCCCCGGCGGCCAUUGUGUGAGUUUGGUGCGAGCAAAGCGAGCGAAGGAUCCUGAAUCUCGUCUGGCCCCACAUGAUGGGCGGUUGCGACCUAUGCCGCAACACGGAGGCGAAGCUGCUCAAGGCUGGCCCAUGGAGCACUGUCGACAUUGCCAACCCCUCCGACGAGCCGUGGUACUCCCCCGUGCCCCACAUCACGGGCGUCCUGACGAAAAGGGCUUGAAGCACGGUCAGCGAGUGUCAGAGGAGAUGUAUCCAUACCCAUCAUCCGGCCAUCCGGCACUCACUGCAGGCUACGGAGGAGGGGGUAAGAAGUGA